GCACAGGUAUAAAUUCCGACGUAACAUGAUCAGCAGAACAAGACAGUAUUCAUUCCCUGAGCGAAUACGAGCUCUUCCGUGACGAGUGGUGAACAAACUUUGUAGUAAGGAGAAACAUGAAUAUUGUGUGGAUUUUAACAAUCAUCGGUUGCUUGGUUUACCUUCAACCGUGCUGCGCCGACCUUAAACUUGUGCAAGCGCUGUUUAGGCAUGGGAACAGAAUGCCUACGAAAGGAGCAGCAAUAUAUCCCAAGGACCCAUAUAUUAACGAAACGUACUAUCCAGAGGGACACGGAGGUUUAUCAAAUGUUGGUAAAAUGUCAGCGUACAAACUCGGACAGUUCUUCAGAGCAAGAUACGACGAAUUCUUAGGGCCGAUUUACUCGAAAGACAUCAUUUGGUUCCGCGCUGACGAAAUAGACAGAAUCGUGAUGACCGGAGAACUCGUGGCAGCUGGUCUAUAUCCGCCAUACAAGGAACAAAUAUGGAAUGACCAUUUAAACUGGCAACCUAUACCAGUGUGGGCGCCGCCGAUGUCGACCGAUUAUCUCUAUAACGGUAUGUUCUGUGCAAACUUCAAGAAAUGGAGAGACGAGGUAGAAACAACAGACGGCCGUUUACUCAAAUUUGAACAGGAUCACACGGAAAUUUAUAAAUACCUGUCGGAACACACGGGGGCUAAUAUUACGCAGCGUAACACGUUCAAUUUACGCCAAAUAUUGUAUGCACAGAGAGAUAUUGGCUUGGAAUUACCUGAGUGGACGGAAUCGGUUUUCCCGAAUGGAAAAUUAGACGAACUUGCCGUACAGGAUAUCCUUAUUCGGACUCGGACUACGAAACUGAAACAAUUAACAGGCGGUAUAUGGAUUCUUGAAUUUUUAAAACACGUCGAUGAUUAUUUAAAUCAGAACGAUAAACGGAAAGCGUUUAUGUAUGCCGGUCAUGAGUUAAAUAUUGCUAGUAUUCUGGUCACAUUGAAGAAUUUCGAUGACGAAAUACCGUCGUACAGUAGCUCCCUGAUGUUUGAGUUGCACGAGAAUGAUAAUCAACAUUAUGUACAGAUAUUGUACAGAAAUAAUGGCAAACUUCGAGCUCUCAACAUCCCCGGAUGUUCCACUGCCAUGUGUCCGCUAGAAACGUUCAAGAAUUUCGUAGCGCCAGUUCUACCUCAGAAUCCAGCGGAGUUGUGUGGAAGUGCAGAAAAAAGUGUUUUAGGUGUGAAACAACAAAGUAAUUAUUGAAAGGAAUAUAUUUAUUUUGUUCUUGUCUGUGAAUGGCAAUAUAGUAAAAGUGUUUUAAUACUUUUACAUAUAUUUGUGAUACAUAAAAGUGUACAACGUGUUAGAUGUAUUAAUAAGUACUCUUUUAAGUGUAUUAAUGAAAUUAUGUGUUCUAAGUUCCUGGCAAAUAUAAACUGCAU